UUUCACGAAGCUGUCUUAGGACUAAGACAUGUCUUAGGAUGGUCUUACGACAUAUCUUAGUCCUAAGUGGGUUUCACGAAGUGGUCAUAACUUAGGACAUCUCUUAAAGUUGGUCAUAAAGUUAGGACUACACGAGAGGUGUCUUAUGAUGGUCUUAGGAUAGUCCUAAGUUAAGACAUCGUUACGAUGUCCUAACAUGAGUUGCAAACAAAUAUGGCGGCUCUAGUUUUCAUGCACCUAAGACGACAACAUCAAAACAUUCGCAGAAAUAGAAUUUUCCGAGACCCUGACAACCCUUUGGAUUACCUAGAUGACACAGAAAUAGUAAGAAAAUACAGACUAUCACGUCCUAUGAUAAUAGAUAUUUGCAGAAUGUUUGAAUUUGAUCUUCAAAGACCAACGAGGAGAUCUCGCGCUUUUCCUGUCUCUUUACAAGUCAUGGUUGCUUUGAGAUUUUUUGCAACUGGGAGUUUUCAGCUCGUCAAUGCCGACGUACACAAUAUUUCAAUCUCGAGUGUUUCAAGAAUUACCCGUGAUGUGACAAUGUGUUUGAAAAGAGUAUGCAACCAAUAUAUUAAGAUGCCAACUGAUCGAGCACAGCUGCAUAACAUGAUGGAAGGCUUUUACAGCAUUGAUGACUUCCCAAAUAUCGUCGGAGCAAUAGACGGGACGCACAUUAGAAUAAAAUCUCCAUUAGAAGAUGAACAUUUAUAUGUGAACAGAAAAAACUACCACUCUAUUAAUGUUCAAGGAGUUUGUGACUCUAACAUGAAAUUUCUAAACAUUGUAGCUAAAUGGCCAGGUGCAACUCACGACGCCUUUAUUUGGGCUAAUUCUAGCUUGAGUGAAAUGUUUGAGGACGGAACAAUUGAUCAUGGAUGGCUGAUAGGAGAUAGUGGGUAUCCACUUCGACCAUGGCUUCUCACUCCUGUGCUUAACCCAACAACGAGAAAUCAACAAAGAUACAAUGCUUCCCAUAUGAAGACGAGGAGCGUUGUCGAAAGGAGUUUUGGAGUCUUAAAAUCACGUUUCCGUUGCAUAGAUGCAAGUGCUGGCACAUUGCUUUACAGACCAUUAAAAUGCUGUGACAUUUUUAUUGCUGUUGCUGUUUUACAUAAUAUGUGUAUAGCAAAUAGAAUCCCAUUGCCGGCAGACAUUGACCGAAAUCGCCCAGACCAAGGACACAUAGACAGACAACAGUAUGUCGGCCAUUUGAAUGAUGGUGCAAAUGUUAGAAACAGGCUGAUAAAUGGAAGAUUUGGACAUUGAAUAAAUUGUAUCAUCCAAUUACUUUUUAAUAUUGUAUUUUUUAUCAUUACAACUACCAGAUAUUUAUUAAAUCCUCUACUCUUUG